GUUCAUGGAGCCGGGGCUGUGGCUCCUCUUCGGGCUCGCAGUGACCUCCGCCGCAGGAUUCGUGCCUUGCCCCCAAGCUGGGGGCUCUGGCAGGACCAGCGUGCCCCCGGCCCCUCCUGCAGCCAGAUCAGAGGGGGACUGUGAAGAAACUGUGACUGGCCCUGGUGAGGGGACUGUGACCCCAACAACUGCACAGCACCCAGGUUCUGGAACCGCUGGGCAGGAGCAGAAACCAGACCGGUCUGAGGAGCAGGAGAACCAGGGGGGCGGGGCACACCACCGGCCCCGGCGUUGCACCUGCUUCACCUACAAGGACAAGGAGUGUGUUUAUUAUUGCCACCUAGACAUCAUCUGGAUCAACACUCCUGAACAGACUGUGCCCUACGGACUGUCCAGCUACAGAAGAAGCCUGCGGGGCAAGAGGUCCUCAGGGUCAUUUCCAGGAAGCCCUCAGGCAUUGCCACAGACAAACCUGCGCUGUGCUUGUGUGGGGGCAGAUGACAAGGCCUGUGUACGUUUCUGCACACGAACUGCAGAUGUCAGCAGUGAUUCCAGGAGAGCAGGAAGACCAGUUGCAGAAGAGAAAGAGGAGGCUGGAAGCCGGAGUCCAAGGUUGAAGUCACGGGUGGACAAAGCCCGUGGGCCUUAGGCUGCCACGCCGUGCUUGCUCCUGUGCUGGACCUCCCUCGCCUCGCUCUGUUAGCCAGCCAUCUGCCUUCUGGGAAGAGCCGUUGUACACACACAGUUCAAAUUUCCACCUCUUUGAGGACAAGGAGUGAAUUGUCCUGGGGCAAAAAAACCCUACACACCCAAAGAGCCCCGCUUAACGGUGCACCCCUACUCUAAGAAUACCUAAGUCCAAAUGACCCUAGUUUUCCUAAUGGGUAAAAUAAUCCCAGAUGUGCCCCAGGGGCCAGAUGCCUGAGGCUCCAGUUUCACGCAGGAAAUUGUGUUUGGAGAGGCAUGGUAAGUCAGAAAGCCACUUACUAGCUUUGACACGACUCCUCUCCAAGGAAGUAAGUGGACACCAGGCUGGCUCUUUGCAAAAGUAAACAUGUGUCCAUCUCCUAGGAGUAUGCAAAGUCCGUGCAAGCUGCACCGUCCUUGCAAGUUAGUGAGGGUUCAAUGCACCCACCCGAGGCUGGGGUCAUCACUGUACAGUAGUUUAUGCAUUUGAAGCUUAUAAGAUGUAGAAACUUUCGGCUGUGCUUGGUGCUUAUCAAGAGUGGAUCUCUAAAAGAAGAAGAAGAAAAGGAGAAAAUGGAUGCUUGCGGGUUUGAGCGUGCAACAGAGCUGUGGGUUCUACGGAUACCGGCGUCCCUGUAGACACCAGGCCAGUGCGCAGCCGAGCUCCCCAGCCUGACUUGCAGGAACCCUUGAAGACAGCCCCAGCUCAAGGCUGUCAGUAUGAACAUCUGCUUUCAUGCACAAAUGUGGAUCUUUGGGGAGUGGCUUCUUCGAAAUAAGCUGAAAACACAAACUCUGUAAAUUAUGUAAAUUCCUGUUUAUCUACAUAAUUGGCAACAACUGGGAAUUGUAGCUCCUGACGGUUCAGAAUCUCUUGCAGCUGCGCUUUUUUUCUGGCGUGUCGGGUUUACGGUGAGUGUGGGGGGCUGCGAGUUGGCUGUAAGGUCCUCUCUGCAGGCCCCACUGGGGACGGGCUGCCCACCUCCCCGACAGACCUCAGAGUCAUGAGAACCUGCCUUUGAGUGUGCGCCAAGGGCACCAUGUGGAGAAACUUUAGAUGGUGUGUGGAGUGUGAGCCUUGACCAGAUGUUAAACUUUGGAGGAAGCUCUCCCAAGUUAUUGCAGGUGGUAAACUGCCUGUCUAUCAGGAGGAAGUGAGAGGGAUGGUCUGCUGGUGGGAUGUACAAUUCAGAGCCGUGAUUAUUUAUUGGGGAACUAUUCUCUACUUCGACUCCUUUAUGAGAUCUGUUAAAAGUGAAGUCACUAUAUAUAGAGAGAUAGAUAGAUAGAUGAUUUUAAAUUGCAUUUGGAAUCCAAGCUCAUAUUCCUUAGAGCUUGAAUUACAUUUUUUAAAGUGCAUAUGCACUGUUUGACACAGUGGCGAGAUUAUAUCUCAAAGACAAAUCCAUUCAUCGUGCGAAC